AUGGCCACAAAGCGUAAGUACUUGGCUUCGCACAAGCAGGAAUUCAAGAGCGAGUCACGGAGAAUGUCCUGGCGAAGUUCUCAGGACGCUGUGCUGACUGCAGGCGGCAGGCAGAACCGCGGCAAGCGCAGCCUCUUCUCCAGCGUCAGCCACAGACCUCCGGCUGCCAGCAGGAGGCUCCAUCACCUGCUCCUCGCGCUCCUCUUCCUGGUCCUGUCUGCUGGGUCAGGAUUUACUCAAGGAGUAAGAAAUCCUCUAAGCUGCACUAGGAAUGGAGGCAUCUGUGUGCCGAUCAGGUGCCCCGGAAACAUGAGACAGAUUGGCACCUGUCUCGGGGCCCCAGUAAAAUGCUGCAGAUGGAGGUAAAAGAAGGCGAAGACGCGGCCAGGACCAAUGCGGAGUCAGUAACUGCGCCCUUCAACAGAGCAUCUAAAAUUUAAACCAGAAUAAAUUUUGUUCAAAAUUAAAGAAUUGCCCACUGGUCA